AAAAAACUUUAGUUGCGCAAGCCAAGAUAUUGCUGAAAAAUUGAGAUUUGGUAGAAUAACAUGAAAUCAUUGUUGAACACACAAUCGCAUCGGAACAAUAUCACGACAAAUACGACGAAUAUACAACAGUAACAAAAAUUAAUUUUCACAUUUCAUGCAAACCAACAUUUCCGAGGGCAAUUUCAUUACUUUCAUAUGACUGUAAAAAUGGAUGAUUUGGAUCACGAAAGGUUUUAUGCUCUCGUUAAAAAAGAUCGUGUGUACGGAAUGUUGCUGAAAUUUUUUAAUCCAGUCAAAAAGGACUUGAUCCGUAUAGAUGAAGAUACAAUUCUCAAAUAUAUUUCAAGUGAUGCUGAUGAUGAUGAUGAUGAAGAGAGUGACAACGAGAAAGAUCUCGAUAUAACAUCAAUAACUGAUGGAAAUAGAAAAAAGUGUACUGGCUGCUUAUACGAAGUAACAAACCGGUAUGAUAAACGCCAUAUAAACAAAUUUAAAUAUGAUGGUGGUAAAUGCUGCUGGUGCUCACUUAAAACAAAUGAAAAACAGCACCUUGAUGACUUUGCAAAAGUCAAGCGUUGUUGUAUGUGCGACAAAGAAGGGUUUAAAAAUAAUACAGCAUUCGAUACUCACCGCUCAAAAUGCAAAAAAAGAUACUUAUCAAAUCCGCAAUAUUCCCGGGCUCCUUAAGCAAAAUACCCACGCUGAACAUUUGAUGCAUCAUCGUAUUUGGUUAUUUGUGAUAUAUUUUUUUUAAUUUGACGAGUUUAAUUAUCAAUAUAUAAUUAAUAAUAUGCUAUAAGUUCCAGCUAAAUAAAAUCAAUACUAUUUUAAUAGCACAAA